UUUAGGAGGUGGUGGAUGGGGAAAAAGGUGUGAGAACUGAGAGAAUGGUUGUAAUAAUUAUUAUAUACUCAUACUAGUAUUUAAUUCAUUCACGUGCCUUUGUCAACCUGUGUUUGUCGGUCAAUCUUUACUCCUCCCAAAUCCUUUCAAACAUCACAAAUAAAAUCCCAUUAUUCCCCUUCUUCUUUUUCUUGUGUAAAGAGUUUCAUAACUUCAUUUCUAUUUGCACUCUCAUUCUUUUUCUACCAACAACUUCAUACUAUCACAAACAACAUUGUGCUCUAAAAUGGAACUUGCUUUGAGCUUAGGUGACACACCAAAAUUACCUCUCUCUUUUCUUGACAAACCCAACAAAGAUCCAUUACCAAGUUUCUUCUCAACACAACAAGGAAAAACCUCAGAAGAAGAAAAAAGAGGUUCUUCAGAUCCACCUAUUCAACUAGACCUUCUUCCUUUCACUCCUGUUCUUAGAUCUCCUCACCCUUCUUCUCACCUUCCCAUUCCUUGGCUCACCCAACCAUGUGGACCGGUGAGGGAGCUAGACGUGAACCGUUUCCCGGCGGCGACGACGGAAGACGUCGACGACGGCACCUCAUUGUCAUCCCCCAGCAGUUCUGUGUCACCAUUUGCAAUGGAUUUCAGUAUGAGGAAUAAUAACAAUGCUGAAUAUGGAGGAAGAAAUAAGAGAGAAAAUGAAGGUGAAGCUGAAAGAGGAAGUGAUGAUGAUGAAAAUGGGUCAACUAGGAAGAAACUAAGACUCUCUAAAGAUCAAUCUGCUUUUCUUGAAGAAAGUUUCAAAGAACACACCACUCUUAAUCCUAAGCAAAAACUUGCACUUGCAAAACAGUUGAAUCUUAGUCCUCGUCAAGUUGAAGUUUGGUUUCAAAAUAGAAGAGCAAGGACAAAGUUAAAGCAAACAGAAGUGGAUUGUGAGUAUUUGAAGAGAUGUUGUGAGACAUUAACAGAAGAGAAUAGAAGAUUACAAAAGGAACUUCAAGAGCUUAGAGCUUUGAAAACUACUCAACCAUUCUACAUGCAACUUCCAGCUACCACUCUCACUAUGUGUCCUUCUUGUGAACGUGUAGCUACAAACCCUUGCAACAACCAAACAAACACCAACAAGUCAAGAUUCUCUAAUGCUCAAGCCCAAGCCCAAGCCCAUCAGAUUUCUUCAUGACCUUAUAAUCUUAUAUGAUCACAUGGAAAAUUUUCUUUUUUAUUUGGUUUUCAGAUAAUAUAUAUGAUAGAUAAUAUCAUAGAGGGUGUGACAAAGUGUUAAUUAGUUUCACUGACUUAUUUUCCGUGUGUAUAUAAUUUUGAUUUUGACUUAGACUUGUUAAUUUUUAUUUUUUUUUCAUUUCAUUCUAAUCAUUUUGAGUUACUUUCUGGGUUGGAAGAAUGAUCUUUUUUUGUGCAUCAUUUUGGUGGUAGAGUGAAAUGAAACAUUUGGUUUGUUUUAUUUUA